CUCCAGAAUUGGUCUCACCAAUGCCUUGUACAAAUUUAACAUUACAUCCCAACUACUAUACUCAAUGCUCUGAUUUAUAAAGGCCAGCACACCAAAAGCUUUCUUUACCACCCUAUCUACAUGAGAUUCCACCUUCAGGGAACUGUGCACAAUUAUUCCUAGAUCCCUCUGUUCAACUGCAUUCCUCAACUCACUACCAUUUACCAUGUAGUCCUAUUUUGAUUUGUUCUGCCAAGAUGUAGCACCUCACACUUAUCAGCAUUACACUCCAUCUGCCAUCUUUCAGCCCAUUCUUCCAAAUGGCCUAAAUCUCUCUGUAGACUUUGAAAAUCUACUUAAUUAUCUACAACACCACCUAUCUUAGUAUCAUCUGCAUACUUACUAAUCCAAUUUACCACACCAUCAUCCAGAUCAUUGAUGUACAUGACAAACAACAGUGGACCCAACACAGAUCCCUGUGGCACCCCACUAGUCACCGGCCUCCAACCUGACAAACAGCUAUCCACCAUUACUUUCUGGCAUCUCCCACUCAGCCACUGUUGAAUCCAUCUUGCUACUCCACCAUUAAAACCGAACAAUUGAACCUUCUUAACCAACCUUCCAUGAGGAACCUUGUCAAAGGCCUUACUGAAGUCCAUAUAGACAACAUCCACUGCUUUACCCUCAUCAAUUUCCUGAGUAACCUCUUCAAAAAAAUUCAAAAAGAUUAGUCAAACAUGACCUUCCAGGCACAAAUCCAUGUUGACUGUUCCUAAUCAGACCCUGUUUAUCCAGAUGCUUAUAUAUAUUAUCUCUAAGUAUCCUUUCCAUUAAUUUGCCCACCACUGACAUCAAACUAACAGGUUUAUAAUUGCUAGGUUUACUCUUAGAACCCUUUUUAAACAAUGGAACAACAUGCGCAGUACGCCAAUCCUCCGGCACUAUUCCCGUUUCUAAUGACAAUUGAAAUAUUUCUGUCAUAGCCCCUGCUAUUUCUACACUAACUUCCCUCAAUGUCCUAGGAAAUAUCCUGUCAGGACCUGGAGACUUAUCCACUUUUAUAUUUUUCAAAAGUGUCACUACUUCCUCUGCUUUGAAUCUCAUAGUUUCCAUAGCUACUCUACUUGUUUCCCUUACCUCACAUAAUUCAAUAUCCUUCUCCUUGGUGAAUACUGAAGAAAAUAAAUUGUUCAAUAUCUCCCCCAUCUCUUUUGGCUCUGCAGAUAGCUGUUCACUCUGACUCUCUAAUGGACAAUUUUAUCCCUCAUUAUCCUUUUGCUAUUAAUAUAGCUGUAGAAACCCUUUGGAUUUACUUUCACCUUACUUGCCAAAGCAGCCUCAUAUCUUCUUUUAGCUUUUCUAAUUUCUUUCUUAAGAUUCUUUUUACAUUCUUUAUACUCCUCAAGCACCUCAUUUACUCCAUUCUGCCUAUAAUUAUUGUAGAUCUCUCUCUUUUUCCGAACCGUGUCCAAUUUCCCUUGAAAACCAUGGCUUUUUCCAAUUUUUCCUAUUUCCUUUCAACCGAACAGGGACAUAAAGAUUCUGUACUCUUAAAAUGUCAUCUUUAAAUGUCCUCCAUUUCUCCUCCACAUCCUUCCCAUCAAACAAAAUGUUCCAAUUCACUCCUUUUAAAACCUUUCGCAUCUCCUCAAAGUUAGCCUUUCUCCAAUCAAAAAUCUCAACCCUAGGUCCAGUUCUGACCCUCUCCAUAAUUAUAUUGAAACUAAUGGUAUUGUGAUCACUGGACCCAAAGUGUUCCCCAACACAUACCUCCGCCACCUGACCUGUCUCAUUUCCUAACAGGAGGUCCAGCACUGCCCCUUCUCUAGUAGGUACCUCAAUGUAUUGCUGCAAAAAAACUAUCCUGCACACAUUUUACAAACUCCAAACCAUCCAGCCCAUUUACAUUUUAUUACAUUCAUUUUUCAGAAUCACUGUCCGUGAAAAGGUGGUGAUAAUCUGCCUUCAUGUACUGCUACAGUCCUUCUGGUAAGGUACAGGCAUAUUGCUGCUGGGUAGAGAAUGUCUGGAUUCAGGCCCACAGAUGAUAAAGGAAUAGCAAUUUAUUACAAAGCAAUUCGUCCAGCUCUUCCAGUCCCUGCCAGAAUUAUUCUGAUAGUCUCAGUCUCUCAUCCCUGAUGAUUCUUGAGUAGAUCUUUAACCUCAUCCUCUGCUAGACCAUAACAUUCUGCCAGAACUGACUAUACUUCAGCUCCAGCUCAAUAAAUGAUUUGUAAAGAUUUUACAUAACCUUCUUGGUUUUUUUUCCCCUGUGCACCCUUAAAAAGAGUCUGUGAUAUUAUACACAUCUUAAUCAGACUUUUACUGUCCUGCCACUUUCAAAGAUUUAUGUAAGGUCACCAACUGUACAUCAAAGUAAAAUUGUCCUGUGUAAUUUAUAUUACCUCAUGCAUCAUGAUUUAUUUUUAUUACUGAUUACCCAAGUCACACAAGCUAUUUCAAUAACCUUGCACUAUAUUACAAUGGAAAAUUGCCAUUUUAGCAUUUAAAAGAAUAAGCUUUGACAUUUAAUUGCAACAAAAAGUCUGACUGAUUAAUCCAGUGAAUUGAUUUCAAAUUUUGUUUAAUCGUGUAGUUAUUGCAGGGGAAACCUGAUCAUUUCUAAGAGCUUCCACUGCCAUAUUUAGUGUAGGCACUUCAUAACAUUGGAUUGAAUGACAUUGUCAACUUACAGCUGCUGCAAUUUGUUUUCUGCUCCACUGAAGUUGCCAGCAAAUAUUGUGCUUUUGAAUCAAACUCUGAAGCUUCUGAUAUUUUUAAGUUUUGUGAGGAAGACACGAGGAGGACAUCUGUGCUGCAGGAAAAGAGCCUGUGGUUUAGAUUUAGAAAUUCUGGCCAUGAACAAUACAGAAAAAGAAGCAAAGCUUGAAGAUGAAGAUAUAUCAUCAGAAAUCAUGAGAAGACGAUUUGUGCCAAAUGUUUUCAAAAACACAAUGUGGGAGAUCUUUCACUUUGCUGGAUGUGAAAUCAAAAUCACAGAGACCACCGACUGCUAUGGUGCAUACGUGUGGCCUUCAGCCAUGGUGUUGUGCUAUUAUCUGGAACACAGCCCAAAGGAGAUCAUUGAUAAAAAUGUAAUUGAAAUAGGAUCAGGAACAGGACUGGUGUCAAUUGUUGCAUCUGUACUCGGCUCCAAAGUAACAGCAACAGAUCUACCACAUUUACUGAACAACUUGCAAUAUAAUAUAUCUCAAAAUACAAAAAUGAGGAGCAAAUAUCUGCCGCAGGUCAGAGAACUUCAAUGGGGAAUAGAUUUGGACAAAACUUUCCCCACAGGUACUUGUCAUUAUAAUUAUAUAUUGGCAGCUGAUGUUGUAUACAGUCACCCAUACCUGAAUGAACUUUUAAUGACUUUUGAUCAUUUAUGUCAGGAUGAUACUGUUAUUUUAUGGGCAAUGAAGUUUAGGCUCGAAAAGGAAAAUGCCUUUGUGGAAAGAUUUCAGCAUAUAUUUGAUACAGAAGUUAUAUAUGAUCUGCCAAGUUUACAGAUAAAAUUGUAUAAAGCAACACGAAAAAAUAUAGGGAUUGGAAAGGAAACAUGAGAGCUAACUGCUCAUACCUCAAAGCAAUAGUUCUCCUUAUGGUAAAAAGUUAAAUUUAACUCCCCAUGAAACCAAACUUACAAAAUGAUACGUGAUUUGCUUCCAGCAAACUUUGUACCGUUAGUCCAGCCAAGAGUUUCCCAGCCAAGAAGGCUUCUUGGGCAAGUGUAAUUAUAAGCAAACAUGUGUAAAGGUCUAAUAUUUUUUUUUAAUUGUUUGCAGUUAAGAUUUGUGGCAUUAAGAGAUUAGCUUGGGAACAAAGGCAGUUGUUGAUAUGUCUCUUGCAUGGCUCACAAUUGCAAAGCGCCUGUAUUUAUGAUAUUGGACUGGAUAAACAUUCAUUUCUCAGCGAUUGAGCAUUCCGGAAUGACAAGCAGGCAAACGACUGUUCCACAACAUGAUAGACUUUGCUCCUGUUUCUACAACAGAUAACGGUUAACCUUCUGUAAAUAUUUAUCUUGAAACUAACAGCUCUGCACUCUACAUUUACUGUUUGAUGUUUUCUAAAUUAUAUAGCUCUUUUGAAAGUGAUCAUUGGCAAAAUGAAAUAAAAAUAAAAAUUCUGAUUAUUUUGUGUAUUUUAAUGGCAAAUAAGCCUUUUGCAAUGUGUUAACACCUAAUUAAUUUAGCUAUAAAUGAAUGUUUAAAUAAUAUAUUAGAUUGGCAAAAAUAGCUUUAUAAUUAAUCAUUCACAUAUAACUGCCAUGUGGAACCUGAAUGAAGCAAUGGACAGUAGAAGUCUUAAGCAGCUGCCACUGGAGAGAAUAUUCCUCUAUAGGAAGAUGACACCAGAAAAUAUGCUGAUAUGUAGCAAAGAAAUUCAACGAUAAAAUUAAUAUUUGUGAUAUGCAAUUGCUAUUUAUUGUAAUAUAAAUGUGUAUGUCAUGUAAUUUUUAAAAGUAUUUAUAUAAUAACUACUGAACAUUAAACAAUCUCUGUUAAUAUUUAUCAUCAUAGCAUUUAUUUUUGCUGGACUUUAUUGGUAAUAAUGGUGGGGUUUUUUGUAAAGAGUGUAUUCUACUUAACCUUUUUGUGGUCCAAAAAGGAUUAUUAACAAUAAAUGAUUUGAAAU